CCUCCGCUCAAAAUCUUUCUCCCCCAAAUUCUUUUUCUUCUUCUUCUUCUUCUUCCAAUUCGAAUUCCUUCCGUCCGUAAACACUCCCCCGCAAUGGGGCUAACGGACUACGCCACCACCCUAACCACCUCCGCCGCCGCACUCUCCUCCUACAAAUGGCUCGGCCUCGUCACCGCCGUCUGGGUCCAAGCCAUCUCCGGCAACAACUACACCUUCGCCAACUACUCCCACGCCCUCAAAUCCCUAAUGAACCUCACUCAGCUCCAGCUCAACAACCUCUCCGUCGCUAAAGACGUCGGCAAGGCAUUCGGCCUCCUCGCCGGCCUCGCCUCCGACCGAUUCUCCACUCCCGUCCUCCUCCUCAUCGGCUCAAUCGAAGGCCUCAUCGGCUACGGCGUCCAGUGGCUCGUCGUCAGCGGCCGGAUCAGUCCUUUGCCUUACUGGCAGAUGUGCGUCUUCCUCUGCCUCGGCGGCAACAGCACCACCUGGAUGAACACCUCGGUGCUCGUGACCUGCAUCCGCAACUUCCGCCGCAACCGCGGGCCGGUCUCCGGGAUCUUGAAAGGAUUCGUCGGGUUGUCCACCGCAAUCUUCACAGAUCUCUGUUCCGCCUUCUUCUCCGACGAUCCGGCGACUUUCCUCCUCAUGCUGGCCUUAGUCCCCUUCUUCGUCUGCCUCGCCGCCGUCUUCUUCCUCCGCGAGAUCCCGCCGGCCACUACUAUGGCGGAGGAGAAGGAAGAGGGGAAAUACUUCUCCGCAUUCAAUGUCGUCGCUGUGGUAGUCGCGUUCCUCCUACUGGCCUACGAUUUCACCCCCAAUCCGACCCGAGGACUCUCCCUAGGGUUCGGAAUCACUCUCCUCGUCCUCCUCGCGUCGCCGCUCGCCGUACCGGUCCACAAAUUGGUCAACGGAUUGAGAAUCGCCGCCGCCGAAGCCGACAUUGAGCGGGUGCAGGGCGCAAUUGACGAACCGCUUUUGCAGGAAUCGACGGCGGAUGAGAAGGCGGUUGAGGUGGUGGAGAAAGAUGGAGAGGAGGUAACGAGGAAGCCGGUGAUCGGAGAGGAGCAUACGAUUGGGGAGGCGCUAAGGACGGCGGAUUUCUGGAUUCUGUUCGUUUCGUUUCUGUGUGGAGUGGGGACGGGUUUGGCGGUGAUGAACAACACCGGGCAAAUCGGGCUGGCCCUUGGAUACGUCGACGUUUCGAUCUUUGUAUCGUUGACGAGUAUUUUCGGGUUCUUCGGAAGGAUUAUAUCCGGGUCGGUGUCAGAGUACUUUGUCAAGAAAUCUGGAACCCCAAGACCACUCUGGAAUGCAGCAUCCCAAAUCCUGAUGGCAGUGGGAUACAUCCUCCUAGCCGCGGCCCUACCAGGCUCGCUCUACGUGGGCUCCAUCGUCGUCGGGAUCUGCUACGGAGUCCGCCUGGCUGUCUCGGUCCCGACCGCAUCGGAGCUCUUCGGCCUGAAAUACUACGGCCUGAUCUACAACAUCCUGAUCCUCAACUUGCCACUGGGCUCCUUCCUCUUCUCCGGCUUGCUUGCCGGGCUCCUCUACGAUGCCGAGGCCACCCCUACUCCCGGCGGCGGCAACACCUGCGUCGGAGCUCACUGUUACAGGAUGGUCUUCAUCGUCAUGGCUAUAGCUUGCAUUGUCGGGUUCGCUCUUGACGUCCUCUUGGCAGUGAGGACCAAACCGGUUUACGCCAAGAUUUAUGCGAGCAGGAAGUCGAAGAAAUCUGGAGGCAACAGCCAAUGACGUUGAUGUACUGUUGGCUAUGUUGAUUGAAUUAGGGGGAUUUUUUUUAGUGUGCUUGUCGUGUCUGUGAUUUUCAAUUUCCUCUGUAGCGAAGGCAAAAUUUUUGGUGGCCCGGUGAUUGCUCUGUUUUAGGUCUAUGUAGGGUCUACAUAAGUGUAGUUAAUUGUAAUUCUCCUUCCCUAGUCUUGUAAGAAGUGAAAUUUUGUCUCGCUGCUGGUGGCUUAAGUGUAACUGUAACUAUAUAAUCUAUCCCAAGGCAAUGAAUGGAGUUAUCUGCCCCAACUGUACUUCCGAUGGUCAUUAAUGAACCAUUUACUUGAUAGAUACGAUAUAAAGACAGAGAUAGUAAUAUCUUGCUUUGGCCAUAAACAAAAGAAAGGAUCCGGAUAUUAGCAAUGACAACAAUGGUGAAAGAGGAGGAUGGGGCAGUAGAGAGAGUCAGCGGCGGCGCUGGAAAGAGAGUCGACGACGGCGACAACAAUGGAGAGAGGGAAGAACAGUGAUUUGUAAUGUAAGUGUUGUCGGUUUGUAUUGUUAGUAUUUUUGUACAUAAUGUCAGUGUGAUUUGUAU